AUUCUCCUUGACGCUGACAUUCUGGGUUCCGCCUCUCGCCUGUGAUUGGUUACUGUUUACGCCUGCACAGCUGAUUGGGCGUCCUGGUCAUUCCGGUAAAAUGGCAGCGGUGAGAGCAUUAAGGAGCUGCAACCGGUCAUUGGGCCGCUGGGUUGGCUUGCGUCAGCUGGGGUCCUGCAGUCGAAUUCAGAUACUCAGAUCCUCUGUUCCACAGAAGACACCAUGUGGGCGCCUUCAAAAGCUACCGCACAGAUCUUUAAGAACAGCCUCAGUUUUGAAUGGCCAGAUUGUUCAAUUCAAGCUUUCAGACAUUGGAGAAGGGAUCACAGAAGUUACAGUGAAAGACUGGUAUGUAAAAGAAGGUGAUUCGGUAUCUCAGUUUGACAGUAUCUGUGAGGUACAAAGUGACAAGGCCUCUGUUACAAUCACCAGCCGCUAUGAUGGUGUUGUCAAAAAGCUGCAUUACAAUGUGGAUGACACGGCUUAUGUUGGGAGACCUCUAGUGGACAUAGAGACAGAUGCUUUAAAAGAUGUGGCACCUGAGGAAGAUGUGGUGGAAACCCCUGCUGUGUCCCAUGAUGAGCACACACACCAGGAGAUAAAGGGACAUAAGACUUUAGCAACUCCAGCUGUUAGACGGCUAGCAAUGGAAAACAAUAUAAAACUCAGCGAGGUGGUGGGCAGCGGGAAGGACGGUCGUAUCCUUAAGGAGGACAUUCUUGGUUUUCUAGCCAAGCAGACUGGAGCUAUUCUACCACCUUCACCUCAGAUGGAGAUCACUCCUCCACCCCCAACGUUUGAGACCUCCACACAACAACAAAAGGCCAAAGCUGCAAGUAUUCCUGUUCCUUUGAUCAAACCAGUUGUAUUUACUGGAAAGGAUGUCACAGAGCCUGUAAAAGGUUUCCACAAAGCCAUGGUGAAGACUAUGUCAGCAGCAUUAAAGAUUCCUCACUUUGGGUACUGUGAUGAAGUGGACAUGACAAAUCUUUCCCAACUUAGAAAGGACCUGAAACCCUUGGCUGAAUCUCGUGGAGUUCGUUUGUCCUUUAUGCCCUUCUUUUUAAAGGCAGCCAGCCUUGGACUGAUGCAGUUCCCGAUCCUGAACUCUUCUGUGGAUGAAAAUUGCCAAAACAUUACAUACAAGGCUGCUCAUAACAUUGGAAUUGCUAUGGACACCCAACAAGGCCUGGUUGUCCCUAAUGUAAAGAAUGUCCAGGUCAGGAGCAUCCUGGAGAUUGCUGCAGAACUUAACCGAUUGCAGUCUUUAGGGUCCACUGGGCAACUCGGGGCAGGAGACUUGACUGGGGGGACAUUUACCCUUUCCAAUAUUGGAUCGAUCGGAGGCACAUAUGCCAAGCCGGUAAUAUUACCUCCUGAAGUGGCAAUAGGAGCCAUUGGAAAAGUGCAGGUUCUUCCAAGGUUUGAUUCUAAAGGACAGGUAGUGAAGGCUCAAAUCAUAAACGUCAGCUGGUCAGCAGAUCAUAGGAUUAUCGAUGGAGCAACCAUGUCCCGUUUCUCUAACCUAUGGAAAUCCUACUUGGAGAAUCCAUCCCUGAUGCUGCUGGAACUUAAGUGAUAAAGAGGCAAACACAAUUCCUGUGCUGUCCUCGUCGACCAUAAAAAAGGGACAUCAUAUUCUCUUCCCUUUUGAAGAACUUCUGCCAGCUUCCUUCACCUUAGGGGGACCUAAGGCAAACAGUGAUCAACCUUUUGUGAAGCUAAAAGGAUUUGAAGAAAGUGUUAGUAGGUGACAGAUAAUUUAUUCAGGAUACCAAUAAAUAUUGUCUUUUCUAUUAAACCAUUCAGUUGCCCUACUGGAAUAAUAAAAGCUGUGCCACGAUCAUAUUUUAUCUAUGUGUAUAAAAGGCACACUGAUGAGAUAUGAAAGUGAUAAAUAUAUAUACACUAAUAUUUUGGCCACGGUUGGAAACAAAUCAAAGUUGCCGUGAGUUCCAAGGUACCUUAUAUAGUAUUUUAAUCUAGAACAACACAUUGUGUGGGUGUGUCGUGAAUUCUUUAUCUUCCAGAAGUGCAAAUAAUAAUGAUUGUGUCGGGCUAAAUGGUUAAAUCUUCAAGUCUGCUGAAACAUUGACAGGAGACCCUCCGGCCUCCGUCAUUUUUGCACUUACAAUGCCUCAUAGUGCUAAGAAGAAAGUACAGUAUCUGUGAUUGAUGAAGAUAUAGGUCAUUAUGUAAAGACCUCUAAUUGGGGUAUCUGAGCAACUGUUACACUACUACGGAUCAGUAAAUAAUGGCAGGAUUGUACUGAUGUAUGUUUUAGAACAUAGAAGAAAUUAACAAUUUUAAUUCGCUGUCCUUGAAGCCCACUCUGUUAGUGUGAUAUAGACAGAACUGACACUGUUCCUGAAUAAAACUGAAAAAAAUA